AAGUAAUAGAUAUAUAACAAGAAAGAAGAAAAAGGGAAAAGGUGGCAUAUGGUCCAAGAGCGCUCAAACUUCAACUGUGGCACUAGCAAGUACCUCAGUGCUGGUGGUGAAUGUGGAUGCACUGGAUGGAUGAGUUGUCCUGUUGUGGAGGUGAAUAACCUCAACACGUUCUCGUUGACAAUAAGUGCAAAUAUGAGGGAAGACAAAACCGUAGAAGAGGGCGAGGACAAGUAACACUCCCACCACAAUCUCAAUGAUGAGAGCUUCUUUAGUAAUAUAAAACCCUUCGAGCCAGGACAUGUUAGGUGCUUGUGAUGCUCGAUGUAAGCAUUUAUGAUGGAGUGAAGAUGUGUUAGAAUUGGGGUAGAAUUUCUGGGCACUGGUGUGAACAAUCGAUAAUGGCUGAGCUGAUGGUGACGUGGGAAAAUGAUGAUAGUGAUGCAUGGAAGUUCGAAGAUAAGGAGUAAUAUCGGAUGAUAUAUUGAUGGAAGGUUGAUGCUCCACUCCUAUUGUUGUGGAGAAGGAUAAGUGAAGGGGCGGUGAGGAUUCAAUCUCCCUUUCAUCCUCUUGACUAUUAUUGCAAAUAGUAUGCAUGAGUGUGCGAUUAUGGUGC